AUGGCUGGCGUUGCCGCCGCCAAGGACAGCCGAACCUUUGCUGUUCUGCGAUUCACCAACAAGGGCUUGGUCACCACUCGUGCUGAUCCCAUUGUCAACCCUGGUGUUCCCUCUGGACACGUCCACAACGUUCUGGGAGGCAGCGGCUUCAGCUUCAGCUCCACCGGUGAGGAGCUCCUCAAGUCCAACUGCAGUACCGCUCUCGUCAAGGGUGACUACUCCAACUACUGGUACCCUACCCUCUACUUCCACGACCCCAAGACGGGCAACCUCGAGUACGUUGACGUCUACUACACCAACGUCUACUACUUUUUCGAGGCCACCAACGACCAGAUCAAGGCUUUCCCCACUGGUCUCCAGAUGCUGGCUGGUAACUCCAUGUCCCGCACUGUUCCCGCUGCCGGCGGUGGUGACCAGCUCGACCCUUCCAAGGGCCCCAUUGGCAACGUCCAGUUCACUUGCCCUCGUACCAGCUACAACCCUCCUUCAUACCCCGUCGGCUCUGACGGCUCCAAGGCUGGUAUGGUCGACCCCAACAACCAGGGCGCUGGUGUUGGUUUCCCCGAUGUUACUUGCGAUGGCAUGUACUCUCCUCUCCGUCUGGACAUCCACUUCCCCUCUUGCUACAACCCCAAAGCUGGCCUCACCAACUACAAGGAGAACACUGCCUUCCCCACCGAUGCUGGCAACGGCAAGCAGGACUGCCCCCCUGGCUGGAUUCACACCCCUCACAUCUUCUUCGAGGUCUACUAUGACACUCAGCCCUACAAGGGCCGCUGGACCGAGAACCAGGGAACUCAGCCCUUCGUCUUCUCCACUGGUGAUGUUACUGGUUACUCUGGCCACGCUGACUUCAUGGCUGCUUGGGACGAGGAGCUUCUCCAGCACAUCAUCGACACUUGCGAUGCUGGUGACGCUGGUAUGGACCAGUGCCCCGGUCUCUUCUACGGUCUGAACAAGGGUGACUGCACCAUCCCUCCUCUGGUCAACGAGCAGGUUAUGGGCACUCUCACCAAGCUCCCUGGUAACAACCCUCUCAGCGGCUUCCAGUACGGCGCUGCCCCUGCUAUGCCCGCUGCUUCCAGCUCUUCUGCUCCCGCCGCCUCCAGCAAGCCUGCUGCCCCUGCCUCCAGCAAGCCUGCUUCUUCUCCUUCCAGCAAGCCUGCUGCUCCCGCCUCCAGCAAGCCCGCUUCCGGCGCCAAUGUCCACACCGUUACUGAGACCAUUACAGUCACCGCUGGCACUCCUGCCGCCUCUUCUGCUCCUACCAAGGGCAACUCUGCUGCUACCGUCGGUGGAUACACCUACGCUGGUUGCUACCAGGACAACAUCGGCCGUGUUCUCACCGGUGAUAUCCUGCCUAACCUUGGCCCCAUGAGCAACGACAAGUGCGUUGCCAACUGUGUCAAGAAGGGAUUCUCCAUCGCUGCUACUGAGUACGGUGGUCAGUGCUACUGCGGCAACGAGCUCGUUGGCUCUGCCAAGCUCGCCGAGUCCCAGUGCAGCAUGGCCUGCGAGGGUGAUUCCAAGGAGGUCUGCGGUGGAAGCUGGGCCAUCAGCGUCUACAGCAAGACUGGCUCUGUCACCCUCAAGGCCGCCAAGCGCUCUGAGCACGUCCACCGCCACCGCAGCCUCCGCAAGUAA